ACUGCACACAUCACCAAUCCUCUUCCCCCGGACUUGGUCCCUUCCUUUUCUCCUCUCACAGCCACCAACCAAGAACUAAACCUCUCGCCCACAUCCAUCAUGCCACCAGCCCGUCCCCGUCCCAACCCCCACGACGACUCCCGCUCCGAAACCUCCGCCGGAAAACCCGACCGCGAGAAGUCCACUGACAAACGCCGGCAACAAAACGCCCCUCCUCCAAGCUCGCAAGAAAGGUCCUUGAACGGCGGCGCCAGCGUGAGCGGGGUUGGGGGAGGAACUGGAGCCAGUACAAAUGCUAACGGUACCCAUGCCCAUGAGGGUAUCGAAGGAGUGAGCCCCCCUCCCCCCAUUACUUCUCAGGCUCCCCCCCCUCCUCUCUCUCCAAGCGCUAUCGAGAUGCUAACGAACGAACGAGUAAAACGGAGUAGAUGGGUUGGUCAGACAUCGACAUACGAACACUCCAUCGAUACCGCUACGCCUAUCGGCUUUCCGUACCGAGCUCUAGCGGGGGCUUUAAUAACACUGUUCUGUCCACCGGUAUCGGGCGGAGGUCACCGGCGAGAGCGAGAGUCCGGAUCGGAAGAGAGGCGCUGGCCACGGCGGUUCGGAAGAACUUCAAUGCGCAGCCGAUUCAGGAGAAUGACGUUAUCGUGAAUUUUCUAUAUUCUGUCAAGAAUCAGGGUGUGUCUUUACCCCUAUUUCGCCCACUCCCCUGGAGUAUCUCUUGCCUUUUGGAAUGCGCUCGAGUAAUUAACACCUGGGUUAUUCGGAACUCUAUAGACAAACGAUUCCGAUUGAGGUUCCCGCCACCAGUAAGUAAGAAGCACGAGGCCUGAACCAGUGCCAUUCCUAUGUUGGGAUACCCUUGCCCGGUUGGACUAGGGCUAUGGAUCACACGCCGACCUUUAUCUUCACAGGCUUUGUUCUACUCCUACCCCUCAACCUACAGCUACUACUACUACUACGAGUUGCGCAUAGUUUCUCUUCUUUUAACCCAAGUUGGUUAUUUGGUGAAUACACACCUACAAUGUAUAUAGCUGCCCCCCCCCCCCCCUCUCCCCAUUUCCCUGCUCCCGCUCCCUUGCCCACUUACUCUGUAUGUAUCUCCUUCCUUGGUGUUAGGGAUUGUUUGGGCGCAUAGUCACUUUUGUCGUGGAAAUGCCAGCUGGUUUCUUUUUUUUUUUUUAAGAAUCGUUAUUGCGGCUGGUUUCUACCCUAGCGGAGUGUCGGUUAAUUGUGAGAAGGAAGAAGGGCGAUCAAGUUAUCCGGGAGUUGGAAGUCAUCACUGUAUUCUCUUAACACUCUAAAUCAUAGCCCGGUGGGUGGGCGCAGGGUACAGAGCGAUCAUUAU